AUGAACGAUUCUAUUGAUUCUGGAUAUUCAUUUACUCCUAAAUAAUAGAAGAAAUAGAGCUCAAUUCCUUUUUUAGUUAGUGAAGAAGUCAAAAAGAUCAUAUCUUUUAAUAUGACUCCUUUUAAAGAAAAUAAUCAUUAAGAAUAAAUCAAAACUCCAAUUACAGAGGGAUAUGAUAGGAAAUUAUAGGAUGCUAUUAAAUAAUUAGAAAUUGAAGAAUUGAUAACUGAUCCUAUUGAUUUCUUAUGUAGAAAUACAACAAAUAAUAUUAUAUGCUCACUAAAUUUAAAUACAAUUUAACGAUCAAUUUUAUUUUAAUUACUAUCUAUAUUAGUAGAUGGUUUAGUUGUCAUAAUAUCAUAUAAUUAUGUUUUGCUUAAGGAGAAAUUAAGAAGAAUCUAGGAUAUUGUAUCAUGGGCAGCAAUAAAUCCUGAAGUUCCUGAUCAUUAAAUUGAAUUCAUUGUGAAAAAUAUUUCAAGCAGAAAUAUUAAAUUAUUAAUUGUACAUCCAGAAUAAGCUAAUUUAAUUGAUUUAUCAAAUCUAGAUAUCAAAUUACUAUUAUUAGACUAAUCCAAUUAUUAUUUGUCAUUUUUGGAAUUUGGAAAAGUUCAAACAGAUCUUACUAAAUAUAUAUUAAAAGCUAAUGCUGAAUACAUUCACAUUCUAUUACCUAUUACCUAAAGUGUAUUUAUUCAAGAUCUUCGAUAAUUGCAACCAUUCAAUAGAACGUAUCAAACAUAUAGGGAGUAAUUUAAUAAUUAUAUAUCUGUAGAUCAUUUAGUUUAAAAACUUAAAUUACUUGUUCUAAGGAUGAGAGUCCUAUUAAAUCAUUAAUUUCAUUAUUAAGAAGUUAACGAUUGUAUAGAAAGACUGGGAUAGUUAUCUUCUGUCAUAAUAUCAGUGCAGUUGAAUCUGUAUAGUUUACUUUAUAAUAAAAUGGAUUUAAGAGUAAUUCAAUCCAUUAAAAAAAACCAGAAAAUUAGAGAUAAGCUAGUUAUUAUGAUUUUGCUUCAUAAAAUAUUGACAUUAUUAUAUUACCAAGUGGAUUUUAAUUGCCAGAAGGAUUAAAAAACUUUGUAUAUCUAUCUGUACAUUUAUAUUUACCAUUAAAUAUUGAAACUUUCAUAUUGGAUAUAUCAGAAUUAAAUAAAGAAGCCAAUUCUCAUAUAUUUUUAUGUGAUGAAUAUUAUUUCACAUAAAGAGCUGAAUUAAGUUCAAAUUUUAUUCAAAUUGAGAAUUUGGCUAUAUUUAUGUAAGAAUGUGUUUAUACUAAUGAUUUAAUAUCAAAAGAUGAAAAUGAUAUUACUUAUUGGUUAACUAAGAAAUGGUUACAUUUGUAAAAUUCUGAAUAGUCUGAUGUAAAAAUAAAAAAGAUUUUAUUAAAUGAAUCUUCAUUAAAUUAUGAUUUUAGUAAAAAACAAAUUUAACUAUUUCUGUAAGAAUUAGAAAAAGAGAAAUGGUUAGAAAUUUAAGUAGCUGUUCCAGUUGAAUUAAUUUUAUGUUAAUUACCAGAAGAUGAUCAAAUUUCUUAGAAUAUAUAAAUUUAUGGUAAGAAAUCAGGAAGUUUAAAUGGUUAUAAAUGUUCAGUUGAUGAUUUACUUAAAGGAUCUGUAAUGACACCAAUUUAAUUAAUAAAUAAAUUAAAAUAAUAAAAAGUUAAGUAUGAAAUUUCAGAAGAAGCAUAAAUAAUAAAAUUAACUCAUUUUCCAUCUUAAUCUGAAUUACAAGCUAAAGUUUUGGAUAUAUAUUCAGAUAUCAAACGAUAGAAUAUAAUUAGAAUUAAUAAUUUAGAUUAAAUGUAUACAAUGGCUAAAACUGGUUCAUUUAGAUCUUUAGAAUAUAUGUGGAAAUAAAUUUAAUUAUAAAAGAAUUCUACAUAAUUGACUGAUUUCAUUCAAUAAUAUUUAGAUUAGACUAUAUAUUCUGAUUUGACAGGACAUAAUAAUUUACCAUUUAUUAAACUUGAAACUUAAAGAGAAAAAUCAACUCUUUUGUAAGAUGUCAAGGUAUUUAUUAUUAUUAUUAUUAGUGUAUAAUAAAUCAUUAUAAUAUAUUAGAUUUUGGAUUAUCUUGGAUAUAAAAAGAAAAUUGUGCUACAAAAAUAUUAGUAAUAUUGUAAGGCUUAAAAACAAAUAAAAAAGAAUUGAAAUCAUUACAUCAAUGGAAUAAAUAUAGAUAAUAUAAUUAUUUAAAAAUUCAUGAAAUGAUUCAUGAAUAAUUAGAAUAAUUAGAAAUCAAAUUAGUGUGUUAAAACAAAAAAAAAAUUAAAAUCUGA